AUGGAACCGUUUCGCGUCCUGUUGAACUGUGUUGACCAUUAUCAAGCUGCGCCGACGUGUCUGGACCCUCAGCUUCCGUGCGGCGAUGGCCCUACAUCAGCGAGGACGAGACCGAAAGUUCCUGUUAUCAGAGUAUUUGGUGCCACCGAGACCGGACAAAAAGUAUGCGCUCAUAUACACGGAGCAUUCCCAUACCUUUAUAUAGAGUAUCGUGGAAGUUUAGCUAUGGAACAAGUCAAAGCUGCUACUCGUAGCCUACACGUAUCUAUUGAUCAUGCCCUGGCGGUUAGCUACCGCCGAAAUGCAUACGAUCCUGGCACUGCCUACGUCGCCCACAUAAGCCUUGUGAAAGGUACACCCUUUUACGGUUAUCAUGUGGGGCAUAAGUUUUUCUUCAAGAUAUAUUUGCUGAACCCCUUACAUAUGACGCGACUUGCGGAUCUCUUGCUUCAAGGCGCUGUAAUGAAACGGGUUCUUCAGCCGUAUGAAAGCCAUAUGCAGUAUAUCCCCCAGUGGAUGUGUGACUACAACUUGUACGGAUGUGCGUAUAUCGACUGCAGGAAAGUGACCUUCCGAGGACCAGUACCGCUCCAAUGUGAGCUAGAAGAUUCUGAGCAUCAAUGGCAUGAUCAAAACAUUGCUCCAGCGCUGAUAUCGGAUGCUGGGGCGUUUCCAAGGCAAAGUCAUUGCGCUCUCGAAGUUGACGUUCACGUUCAAGAUAUUCUCAAUCGACUUGGGAUUAAGGAACGCCCUUUACACAACUAUCUAUUUGAGGGCUUAGAUACGAUUCCUCCAGACGCGAAAUUGGUACCUAGCUUGGCUAGUCUCUGGGAAGACGAAAAGCGACGGAGAAAGGCCGCAAUGGGACUUACAGAUUCUGAAAGCAGCCCGUUUACUUCAGCAGACCUCGUUUCCAUGUCAGCUGACUCCCGAAACGUAGCAGCUGGAGGUUGGAUUCAUGAAGAAGAGUUUCGAGCUCGGGUGGCGGAAAUAGUGGUGAAGGAGCAAGCCCGGAACAACGGAGCGAAGCCAUCGCCAGCCAGUCUUAUCCAAUCCGACCCCUUUGAAGCAAGUAUACAGUCGGCUUUGGAUAGUGUGGAAGAUUUAUAUCCCGAAAAGCUUCAAGCUGCCGUCUUUGAUCCUGUCAAUGUUGGAGAUGAAGGAGUGGAGGUCGGCAUUGAAGUUGAUGAGGCACGGAUUCUAUCGCUUCAGCUUCCAGAUACAUCGAAUAGCUACGAAGAUUCUAGCGGUUCAGGUCUGCGUACCCCACAACCUGACAGUACUAGGGAGACAAGAAUAAGAGGCGAUUUGGCCAAUGUUCGGACGCCUAGGGAGAAUAGGGAAAGAUUAGAUGAGGAAAAUAACACCCUUGAUUCUUCUGCACACAUCACGGAUGCCGAGUUGACAAGUAUGGGAGUCCGGCGAUCGUCAGCAAUCAUUAAUAGCCAGGAAGAUUUUUUCGAAAUUGACGAUGAAUUCAUAAGCAAAAUCGGAUCCAACAGGACAAAACGCUCAAUUUCCACCGCAGCAAAUACACAGCCAUCGAAACGACCUCGAUUUAUGCUCGACCCCGUGAAAUCUUCUUCUAUCUUGAAAUCACCUAGAAACGAGAUGACUUUGUCCCAGCGCCCGGCCGACCAAGUUGAACGCAAAUGGCAUAUUGCUGCUGAAGAGCUUUCCUCUCAGCCAAAAUCUUCUCAAAAAUCAAAUAAGAGUGACGGCAACUCGAGAUUGCAGUUUCCUGUGGUCAAGGAUCCAAAUGACCCUGCCACGAUAUCGCGAGCCAGCCAGCAAAGCGGCUCGGUGAAAUUAUCUCACCCUAUUUCAGGGUUCGGUUCAAAGUCAGCGCUUACUGCUUUACCUGCACCUCACUCUCAUUCAAACUCUGACAAGACCACGAGCUGUGAAACUUCACAGUUACCUCGCUCAGAUGGCGUUGAAUUUGAUAAAAUCCUUCGUGAAUCUUUCAAUAUCCCGCCUAAUGCCACAAUCUACACGUUCCAUUCUCCCUGCCCUUCUUCGUCUCUAAUUCGGGAGACAAUAAGCAACGAUUCACGGCCAUCCGUGGUUUAUCAAAACGCGUAUUACAGCAACGAUGAUGAUGUACCGGACCGGUCACGGGAAUAUGCAGGGAGGGAAUUUAAAUUGGAGAGCAAUACAGUGCCCUAUCUUCCUCCAUUUGAUCCAACUGGAAAAUCUCCCUUACUUCAUGGAGACAAGCCUCCGGUAGUUGUUGACCAGGCCGCCCUUGAAAGGGAGAGUGAUAGGCUUCGAAAAGCUUGUUCCCUCCGAUGCUGGGAGUUCGCUCCCCUGCCUCCAUCACGUUCGGAGGUAAUUGAAUGGUGCAAAGAGCAGGAUUCCAAGCGCCUUGGCCCUCAGUCCUUUACUACAACAAAUUCAAAGCAACCUGGGAUUUCUCAAAUCGAAGCAGCCACCCAAAAAGAUUCACAUGGCUUCCUAUAUUCUCAGAAGAAAUUUUCUCGAAAUAUACAGCACGAGGCACAUUACAUGAGUGUUAUGAGUCUCGAGGUACAUGUGAAUACUCGAUGCACUCUGGCACCCAAUCCUGAAGAAGAUGAGAUAUCUUGUAUCUUUUGGUGUAUCCAGUCCGGGGAUCGAUCGCUUGGUGUUAACGAGCCCAGCGAUGAGGUUCAAACCGGAGUUCUUGCUGUUGCAGAAACUGAGAGUAUAGCAGCUAAAAUCAGAUACGAUACCAAUGCUGAGAUAGAGGAAGAGUCCUCAGAGCUCGACGUUCUCACCAAACUGGUGGACAUUGUGCGUUAUUAUGACCCGGAUAUCUUAACAGGCUACGAAGUCCACAACGGCUCUUGGGGUUAUCUUAUCGAACGUGCAAGGGUCAAGUAUGACUAUGAUCUUUGUGAUGAGUUAUCCCGAGUGAAGACCGAUUCUCAUGGACGUUUUGGCAAGGAAUCCGAUCGAUGGGGUUUCAACCACACUUCAACCAUACGGGUAACAGGCAGACACAUGAUCAAUAUUUGGAGAGCCAUGAGAAGCGAACUGAACUUGAUUCAGUAUACUCUGGAGAACGUUGCGUUUCAUUUGCUUCAUAAAAGGAUACCACAUUAUCCGUUCCAUGACUUAACCAAAUGGUUCAAGAGUACUAAGCCUCGAAAUCUAGUGAAAGUCGUCAAUUACUUUAUCACCCGCACCAGGCUCAAUCUGGAUAUCCUUGACGCAAAUGAAUUAAUUUCAAGAACGAGCGAACAGGCUCGGAUUCUUGGAAUUGAUUUCUUUUCCGUCUUCUCGAGAGGUUCUCAGUUCAAAGUAGAAUCUCUCAUGUUUCGCAUAGCAAAGCCAGAGAACUUCAUUCUGAUUUCUCCAAGCAAAGCACAAGUUGGCCAACAAAACGCUCUCGAAUGUUUACCAUUAGUUAUGGAGCCUCAGAGCGAUUUUUACAACAGUCCGCUCUUAGUUUUGGAUUUUCAGUCACUCUACCCGAGUGUUAUGAUUGCUUACAAUUAUUGUUAUUCUACAUUCUUGGGUAGGAUUGUCGAUUGGCGUGGUCGAAAUAAAAUGGGCUUUAUUGACUAUCAGAGGCAACCAGGCUUGUUAGGGUUGCUUGAAAGCCAAAUCAAUAUCGCUCCAAACGGUAUCAUGUACACCAGACCAGAAGUCCGCAAAUCGCUUUUGGCUAAGAUGCUUACGGAGAUUCUGGAAACUCGUGUUAUGGUGAAGGGUGGCAUGAAGGCUAAUAAAGAGGACAGGGCUCUGCAACGCUUACUGAAUAACCGACAGCUUGCAUUGAAGUUGAUUGCGAACGUGACGUAUGGAUAUACUUCUGCGUCGUUUUCAGGACGGAUGCCCUGUGCAGAGAUAGCCGACAGCAUUGUCCAAACUGCUCGGGAGACAUUGGAAAAGGCCAUCGCAAUGAUUCAUUCUGUUGAACGAUGGGGCGCUGAAGUCGUCUACGGCGACACUGACAGUUUAUUCAUCUAUCUCAAGGGCCGUACCAGAGACGAAGCAUUUGACAUUGGGGAGGAAAUCGCACAAAAAAUCACUGCCUCGAAUCCUCGUCCUGUGAAGCUUAAAUUUGAAAAGGUAUACCAUCCGUGUGUCCUCUUGGCUAAGAAAAGAUACGUCGGUUAUAAAUAUGAGAGCCGUGGCCAGACGAAGCCGGAGUUCGACGCUAAAGGGAUAGAAACUGUUCGCCGAGAUGGCACUCCAGCUGAACAGAAGAUUGAAGAGAAGGCGCUGAGAAUUUUGUUCGAAACGGCUGAUCUAAGUCGAGUCAAGAAAUAUUUUCAGAAGCAAUGUGCCAAAAUUAUGCAGGGCAAGGUGUCCAUUCAGGAUUUCUGUUUCGCAAAAGAGGUUAGGUUGGGCACAUAUAGCGAGAAGGGUCCACCUCCGCCGGGCGCGCUGAUCAGUGCCAAGCGGAUGCUCGAGGAUCCAAGAUUAGAGCCACAAUAUGGAGAACGGAUUCCCUACGUGGUGAUUUCGGGUGCGCCGGGUUCAAGGCUGAUUGACCGCUGUGUGGCGCCUGAAGUGCUUCUUCAAGACCCACAAAUGGAAUUGGACGCGGAAUACUAUAUUUCGAAGAACCUCAUUCCGCCCCUUGAACGAAUCUUCAACCUGGUAGGGGCCAACAUCCGACAGUGGUAUGAUGAAAUGCCCAAGUAUCAGCGAGUACGGCGCACUGACAACGCCAUGAUCUCUGACGGAACCCUGUUGCGGAAAACUCUCGAGUCAUAUAUGAGGGCUUCGUCCUGUGUGGUGUGUCGGGAGAAGCUAGAAAACGGAGAGGCCCUUUGCAACCACUGUCUACGGCGUCCGCAUCUUUCGCUCAUGCGCUUGCGAUACAGAGUCCAGCGGGCGGAAAAAAAGGUUGCGAACAUACAUGAGGUCUGCCGUUCGUGUAUGGGAGUGCAGUGGGGUGAAGAAGUCAAAUGCGACAGUAAAGAUUGCCCAGUGUUUUAUUCAAGGACCAGAACGACGUUCAAUCUCUCGUACACUCGAUCACUCUCGGAUCCCAUUGCCGAAGCACUUGAGAGGUCGGGCGAGAGCAAUCCAUGGGCAUGGUAAACUUGCAUUUAGAUCAAAAACUCACUUUGUUUCGGUAUGGGAAUAAAUUAUGACAUCCAAUAAUGAUAAGACGAUUGUAUCCAAUACUCAAUUCAAGACAAUUUGAUCUCAAUCACAGAAUCAACGAAUGACUCGUCUUAAAUGGGGAUUUGCGCGUGCAGUUGCCACGAAGCCAAGCUGUGUCCAGUUUCUUUGUUCUCAUGCACAAGGAGGCUUGUUCUGGACGGACAAUCUUCCAAAUCCUCCCUCCCACCCAAUGCAUUAGACUCGCCUAACUCCGACGGCUCCAACUUCCAAGAACCAGGAAACACGCAGCGACAGUUUUCGUUUUGCUUCCAAAAAUUAAGCCUUCUUCUUUUGACCCGGGAGCCAGUCUCGAUUCCCAAACGUUCGCCACGCCUAACCGCUGGUUCAGCAUUAUCAAUUUUCUUUGUUUGAGAGCAAGCGAAUAGCAGCCCGAGGCUCGACAGAUACGAAUAUAUUCCAAAGCCGCCCAUUGAGCCAGAGGGAAAGGCACGUCGAUAACACCAACCCAAGCCGCUCUGAGCCUAGGCGGCAGUUCAUUGCUCAUGAACUAAGGAUCUGAUUUCUGUCCCAAAAGCUGGGGAUCGGCCGUAUGACGCCCGGGUCGGUUAGUCACCGAGGGCGGAUAUCACCUCCUCUGUCGGGACUCCAAUCAGUGCAAAUGACGAUAGCUACAUACAUGCUCUGUGCAUGCCCGUAUGUAUAUAGUUCACUGUCCCAAAAGCGCUUCGGCUGUGGAA